AUGGCAGCUUCAAUUUCUACGAAUACGUCAAGUGAAGAACAAGCUGAAACUGCGUCAGUAGGUUCCUACAGUGUCCUCCUUGCUUCAUGUGUGGAGAUCUUGUUAUGUUUGUUCGGAACUGUCGGCAACUCCCUCACCAUCGUUGUGAUCUGUAAGAGCAAAUCACUUCAGGUUGUUUCGAACUUCCUCCUGGCAUCCCUCGCCUUUGCCGAUCUGUUAGUAAGCGCUGUUCUCGUACCCAUGCGAGCAUCACAACAUAUGGCCACGUAUCGCGGAACAACAGUGCCUACGAUGGUGAUCGAAAUCGCUGGGUUUAUUGGUCGUGUGAAUAUUAUUGCAUCAAUAUCUAGCCUGGCUGCGAUGAGUAUCGACCGAUACGUCGCCUUGUCGCACCCGAUAUUUUAUCUGUCAUCGGUGAAGUUUGCAAAGGGACAAGUUUCUUUAGCGAUUGCACUGAUCUGGAUAGUGGCGUUAAUUGUAACGUUUCUUCCUAAAUUUCCAGGCGUUAGUGACAAACCCUUCCUCGCGUUCUUCGUUGGGUUUGUGCUUCUAGUCACCUUAAUCAUCGCGGUAACCUACUAUAAGAUUUUCAAGAUUGCUAGCAAGGCGAUCAGAGAACGUCGCACUAACAGUCGUUUCGCGAGUAAAGUUGUACGUCUUUCGUUCGUUGCGGCCCUUGAACCCAAACUCUGUCACUACGUCGAUAAACAACAGACAGACAGGGAUGUCCGUGUUCAGAAAGGAGAGCGCAAAGCUGCAGGUACGAUCGCUUUUGUGAUUGGAGCGUUCAUAAUUUUGGUGUACCCUCGCAUAAUUCUGAUCCUCUACCACUUUGCCACUCCUGAGACGACUAAGAGCAAAGAAGCUCGUUUUUGGAUUCGCAUUUUAUUGUACAGUAACUCUGUAGUGAAUCCUCCUUUAUACGCGUGGAGACACAACGAAUUUAAGAGAAAAUUUAAGAAGUUUUUUCUCAAGUGCUGGCGAUGUUGUCUCUGUCAAAAGUUGAAAGUAUUGAGAAAAUCCUCUUCAAACAAGACGUUUUCAACGCAUUCUCUCCCACGAAACGAGGCACAUGCUGGAAGUGACGAAAACGAACAGAACACAUAUUCAGUGGAAGAGGUGAAUCACAAAUUGUAGAAGAUUCCAUGGAAGCUGUAUCAAUGGUCACCAAAAUUUUUCACACGUUUUUUUGUUUUUAGGAUAAUAGCAACUUUAACAGCCUCGUCACACGGAGUGAAUCAACCAUUCUUAAUUUUCCGGCUGUGUAAACAAGAAUUCAAUUCGUUAUGUUUGUAUGUCUCGCCUUCUGGAUACUCGGCUUUGUCAUGUAUAUUUAUUUUGAAGAAAACUGCGUCAUUAAGUUUAACAACUCGUCUCUAAAGGAAAUACAAGCGCACGAUAAACAACUUGGAAAUUCACUGUCGACCACAUUAACGUUUUUCAGAACCAAGUGGCUCGGUCUUCACAAACUUGGUUCUUUUCUAAAAAUUCCAUGUACAUUGCUCUUUUUUUUUGCAAAUUUUCUCAUUGAAUGACCUGAAAUUAAAAUUCAAGACCAUUUAGUAGUUCUCUUUUUCUCGGGCAGAUGUGAUCGUGUUAUAUCCCAAGUAAUUUCAAGAAUGGAACUUGCUAGAAAGGAAGUUUGGAGGGAAGCUGGGGAGAAAAUAGAAAAGAGGUGCGCGGAAAGAUAAAUCUUUACAUAACGAUGCAUAGCAACGCGAGAAAAUCCGGACUGUAGUUUGUUACGCCAAAAAAUUAUCAAAAAUGCCACCAAAAGAAAGGCCUUUGUACUUUUAGGACGAGUAGGCUGCAAUUACGGCGCGCCUUAUUCCUUGCGACAUAUUUAGAAUGUCUUGAGGAGUAGUCUGGAGUAAUACUUUAGAGUUUUAAUUAGUAGGGUAUUGAUGAAAAUUUUGGCCGGUUUUUUGGCUUUGGGUUAAUUUGUUUUACGUCUCGAAUAAAAAUUUGAUAUUUUUAUGUAUAUUUACUGCGUCAAAAGACUGAUUCCAGUCACGUGGUUAAACUCCUAUUAACCUAGCAUGCUCUGAACCGUAUUGCAAAAAUUUCUGAAAUGACCGGGCUUCGGGCUGAUAUCCUCGCAGAACGGUCCUUUCAUACAGUUUUAGAACAUAGAUUUCCUACUUUACACUGGCAAAGGCGAUCGUGGUGACAAGCAAAGAAACAAAAAUACCACAUUAAUUUUAUUAAAUAACCAAGUUCCAUCUGGAGUUGUGAACUUCAAAUCAGUGAGACGACUCGUCUCAUUCUGACAUUCUCUUUAGGAGAAUCACUUUGCAUCAAACUUCAUCAACUUAUCAUUUUGGAACAGAAGUGUGCAUUUCUUGACAACCUCAUACCCAAGCUCUCUUUCCUACAAGGGGAAUAGUUGAAUUCCUUAUAUGGGUAAUAACCUGUGACUUGUUCACAAAACUAUUUGAUGAACAAUCUGGAUUAAUGUCAGCAUGUGAGCAACAGCACACCUACCCCUCCCCUAACGCAACAAAAGUCAACUAAUAACAAUUUAGGGUUAAUUUUGGGUUAGGGGAGGGGUGGGGUGCAGUUGCUCAGAUACUAACAUUGUAAUCCAACAAUUUCAAGCUAAAACUGGGAUACUGUACUUAUGGUAGAGAAAUUCUUCUAUGUACAUCAAAUUUGUUUCAUCUCCUUUGCAACUUCCUCGAUAGCCCAUUCCUGGCAAUUACUCAGUAAAAAGGAUGAGUGGUAAAUGCAGGUUGAUGCAAAACAAUGAGACAAAAAAAAAAGGAAGGGGAUUGACAAAAGCUGAGAUCAUUCUUUCCUACUUUUGCCUUCCUUUUCACUUUGCAUGAGCACUAUUAUUGCAUCUUACACUAACUGAACACCUGCAAAAGCAUGAUUCUGAUAAAAACCAAGAUUUCCUCUUUUGGUAGUUUCUUUUGCAAUGCACUUCAGAUGAUCCAAAGAUAUAUUUCCCAUUUCGCACAAGAUAUUUCCCAAACAACUGCAUGACUAGUCACUAAGGUUUCAGUGAUGGGUGUGUGUUAUGUAUCUGCAUCUCUACCAGGAACAACCUCAAUGCCCAUGCCCCUGGCUGAAGCAAUGACAGAUCUACAUACACUUCUCAAUGGCACAUUCUUCAUUGACGAGUCCUCUUUCUUGAUUUUGGCAAUUUCGUAAAUGUGCUUGAGGGUUACUGUGCCCACAACUUCAUGGCCUACAAGGAGAUAUUUAAUGUAAUACAUUCAAAAGGUCCUUUAAAUCAAUUUUUGUACCUCUUUGGUGUGUCAAACUCUAAACACUUUUCUCUUUUCAAAAACUAUGGCACCGACAAGAGGAAUUUGUUUGACAUUUGGGAGCUUUGUAAGUUGGUGAUCAUUUCUUAUAAUCUCAUGACCUUUACAUUUGAUCCAGGGAUGAUAUUGCAAGGAGAAGUCAGAAGCCAGUCACCCUCAGGGGUUAAAGGGUUAAAGGCACUAUUCUCCUUUGAUAGAAAUGAGUCAGACUUGGGUUAGGAAGUUUAUUUGAAGGAGGUGCAACUUUAUACACAACUUGAAUGAAUGGGUUACACUUCCCUCAAAUCAACAUUAUCUUUAUCCAUUUAUGAUGACAAUGAGGUGAAAUAGCAUUGAUCUCUCUCCAAAAUCGUUUUUUUUGGAUGUCAAAACAAAUUUUCGUCAUACAUUUCUACAUAGUGAGUUGCUAUGUCUGCCCAGUUGCGAUUCCAGCAAUCUUUGCACAAGAUCACAAGGAUCUGAUUACUAGCAACACCUUCAUUGCACUAACAGGUUGCAACUAUUAUUAUAACCUACUGAUGUUUUAAAUAGUCAGAGCUACUUGCAGUGCAGGUGUCUCAAGAGUUGCAAGCUUGUGAUUGUUUACCGAGCUGUCAUGUUUGAAUUUAACUCCCAGAUAACAUUUGUAACUCUCCUUACUGUCAACCAUACAAUUCUUAUCGUGUAAGUUCAGAGAAUUUGGUAUUGGAUCAACUUAUUAUUCUCAAAUUGACAUUUUUCUUUAUUCUCAUCACUUAUUUGGUUGAUAUUGUAUUGAUACUGUAAGGAGAAAUUCUGUCUUGGUCACUCAUGGGAGUUCAAGGGUUAAGGUUAGAUUAAAGUUGUUGGAUUUUCUUUCUCCAUCAAAAUUUCUAUCUCUUCCCUUCCAGACCAAUUUUUUUUAGCACUAAGCUAACAAUUAAGAGAAUUAUCUCCAUGGGUUAACAGUAAUUAGAGAGAUUGCAAAAAAGAAGGAAGGGCCUAAAAAAAUUUGGGCUUUGACAUGAUUCAAACCCAUGCAAAAACCAAAAAUAUUUCUGCAUUACACUGCUCCACAGGCUACAUGAACAGAUGAGGAAAGUAAUUAAAUUCGAAUCUUACCUGGUUUUUGAGCCCCUUUCUCAACUCCUGCAGCUGCUUUUAGAAAAUGUGAGACUGGAGGUGAAGUCAUUUCAAAGCUAA